AAAACUUGAUUGUAUUUAGUGAUUUAAACAUAAGCGAGCAUAUAUUUUGUUAAUUAAAUUGAUUAAAUAAGUUUAAUACAACUCUAAAUAUACUUAGUAGUGAGUUUAGACGUGCUAUUGCCUGGAUACCUAAGUUCAAUAAGAUUUCAGAAAAGGCAAAGAUGUCGGAAGAAUCAGCGCAGGCGCAGGACUCCGUGGAGCAGGUGACGCGCGACGUCAAGGACGUCUCGCUGGAGAACGGGAACGGCUCGGCGCCCGCGUCGGCCAACGGAACGCCCGCCAAGAACGAAGACAAUGCCGUGCCGCUUAAGGAUGCGUUCAAAGCCUUUUCUAAGUUCGGCGAUCCAAAAUCUGACGGGAAGCACAUUACUUUAUCACAAAGUGACAAGUGGAUGAAGCAAGCCAAGGUGAUCGACGGCAAGAAGAUUACCACCACAGACACCGCCAUAAACUUCAAGAAACUUAAAUCGCUCAAAGUUGGGCUUGAAGAUUACCAGAAAUUCCUCGAGGAAUUGGCCAAGAGUAAAAAGGUCGAGGUUGAAGACAUAAAAAAGAAACUCACCACUUGUGGACAGCCAGGAAUAACAUCUCAUGUGACAAAAUCCCAAGCCGCCGCAGCAGCCGUGGACCGACUUACAGACACCACCAAGUACACUGGCUCCCACAGGCAGCGGUUCGACGAAACCGGCAAAGGCAAGGGCAUCGCCGGCAGAAAGGACCUCGUCGACGGCUCCGGCUACGUGUCCGGGUACCAGCACAAGGACACGUACGACAAAACUCACUAAACAAAACUACAUCAUUCUAUAAAGCGGCUACAAGGUAUUCGUAACCACGUAUGUAGUUCCCAAUAAUUGAUUGUCAAACACAAACGAUUUGAUUCGACCUGUGUGGCAAGAAUUGGCGUCCAUUUCAAAUUAAAAGUACGCGCGAAAAAUACGACCAUUUGUAAAAGUGCAUAAAUUAGAUUGUGGAAGACUUUCAUUCAGUGCCAUUAUUGAGUGGCAUUCCUCAUCCUCUAGCAUUCCAAUAAUUCGAUUCAAUAGCUUUCUUAAUAUCUAUUACAUUACACUAUGUUACUUCAGAAAAUUUUGGGGCACUGUUAAUGCUCCCUGUUUUACCUACCUAAUAUUUACGCACACAUAGACCAAUAUAAAUUACGCCUAACUACAAUCUAACAAAUACUAAAAAAUAAGUUCUCAAACAAAGAAACUAAGUACCUACCGUUUGAGUGACUGAUAUUGCACAAUAUUUAUAACUCGCAUGUUUUACCUCUUUUAUAAUGUAACUUUUUUCUAAAUUUACAUUUACGUGAUUGAAUAAUUUAGAAAAUCAUUCUAUAGUUGAACAAAGAUCUCGUUUAGAAGUGCAAAAACGGGAAUAAUGUAGUCGACAACCCUUGCAGGUCAUUUAUCAAAAAUUCUAUACCUGUAUAAAUCGAUAAGGAUUUCCGCAAACUUUUUAAAAUUUAAUUAACGAUUAAUAAUACAUAUAAUUCAAUAAUAAAUAUAUCCGAUUGAAUAAAUUUGGUAUUUCCAAAGAAAAGAAACAAAACAAUCAAGUAAUAGAAGUUUUAACAUAGGAAAUAAUGUGUUGUCCGUUGUUAUUUUAUAAAACAACACUGCAAAACUACUAAGAGAAAGAUUAAAGUGAGGUGCCAAAUAGAUUCAACCGGAUUAACUAAUUAAAAAAAAGAAACAUUUAUUUUAUUAAGUACAGUAUACCUAAUUUAUUUUUUGUAUUGUCCUAGAGUUCUAGAACGUAAUAUUAUAGCAUUUAGCAAACCAAUACAGCUUUGUAUGUUGUGCAUUCCUUCACAUCCUUAACUAGGAUUUAUUUUUAUUCAAAUAAUAUGUAGUAACUUACACUUAGAUAAGCACUCAUAAGAUUCUUGAAAUAUAUUUGUUUUCUAGUCCUAAGUAAGCUGGUAAUUAUCUAUGUUGGUAUCACUAAAAGGUAUUUAAAAUUUUCAAGUAUUUACCCUUAUAAUAAUAUGAUCAUGAAUUCAAAUAUUUAAGUCCAAAACUUGUAAGGAAUCAAAAAGUACAAAUUGGAGAUACUACACAAAAUUUGUAUAAAAUGAUGCAGCUACGACUUCAUAAAUAUGUGAUGUGUUUUUUUCAAAAGGUUGUUUUAGUAUUUUUUGUACAUAAGCAUUUUAGUAAAUACAUAUAAAAUACGUAUGUUGUAAGUUUAUUUUAAUGUAAUAUCACACUCACAUAUUGUUGAGGUUUGUGCUUUAUUUAUUACUUGAAUGGUUCUUGUAAACAUGAUAAUAAGAUAACCACUAGGUGUUACACCUAAAAUGUAUUUUGUUAUUUUAUCGAAAUAAACAUAUUUUACUUCCA